CAAAUAAUAAGUAUAUUAUUUUUGGGGUUGUUGAAAUACUAAAUUGUUAUCUAGCCCGAUAAAAUCUAAGUUUUGUGGUGUAAUAUAAAAUUUUCCAACAUCUUAAUUUUCACAAAUUAAUAUAACAUGAGUAAAUUGGAUUUAUCAGAUUUAUAUAAUUCUUUGGAAAAAGAGAAUAACAAGGAUGAUGAAAUAUAUGAAUUACCAGAUUGGCUAAGUAGUGAAUCAGAACAUGGUUUUUCUAUGGAUAUUCUAAGAGAAUCUCCACCAAAACUUGCAGUUGAAGGAAAAUUAAAUGGGCGUCCGAGUGAAGAAAAAGAAAUUGAUGAAAUCUGUAAUGAACCUUCUAGUGGGGAAGCUAAUGUAAAUAAUGAAAAUUACGAAUAUUAUGAAUAUAGCGGAAGCGAUGAAGAUAGUGAAAGUGAUGAAAAUAGCGAAAGUGAUGAAGAUAAUGGAAAUCAAUAUAAUUUGAAAAAUGAAAAGGAUGGGAAAAGUGAUGAAGAAUUUAAAGGUUAUAAAUUUGCAGAACCUUAUACUAAUAGUUUAUUGAAUUCGAUUGCUGCUGAUACUGAUCAAUAUAACAAAAUUGAUUUGCCUGAAAAAUUAACCGAAUCAAAAACCCUUUUUGAGUUACGGAAGGAAGUCAUUUAUGAAAUGAUUGCAUCAGAUAUAGGUUCGAAGUGGCGAAAAUUUGGUGGUGGCAUUGAAAUAAAGGAAGGUGAAAUGGAUAAGUUAGAGGAAGAGUUUCCGAAUGAAAUUAAAAAAAGAGUUUUGGAAAUGUUUGAAAAAUUGGAAUACAAGGAGUUUUAUGACUUACAAAGAGUUUAUUAUAAAAUUGUUAAAAGUUUAGAUGAAAACUGUAGACAUUAUGAUUUAAGCAAUAGAGUUCAAUUGGCUUUAAUUCAAUAAUAAACUUAAUAUUUUACUAACUAAAUUAAAUACAUUAGCAAAUAAAACUGAAAUAUUUUUUAAAUAUUAAAAAUCAAAAUUAAAUAUAAACCCAAACAACGAUUAAAAUAUUGUGAUGAUAGUGUAAGAAGUUUUUUUAGCUUUUAAUGUUACUAAUAUUAAAAAGCGCUUGAACUAAAAGUUUAAAUAAAAAAUUAUUAAAAGAUGACAAAAGAAAUCUAAGUCUCUCUUAAUAUCCCUCCUAUAGAUAAAAAAUAGGGAUUGAAUUAUAAUUGAUUAUUAGCUAAUUUAGUUCUAAUUACAUAUUUUAAAAUAAAAAAAAAACAAAUAUUGAUUUUGCAAACACAACAAUCAGAUUUCGACAACGAAAAAAUUUGUAAGAAACUAACAAUCAAAAAUUAAUUUAAAAAUUUUACUUAUUGGAUAUUGAUAUAUGUAUGUACAUAAUUAAAAUUUUGAAAUUAAAUAUGCAUGUUGCAUUACCAAAUUAGGUCUUAUUAUGUCAAACUAUGAAAUUUAAACUAUUUUUACUUGUUUCGUCUAGAAUAUCCUGUAUUUGCUUUUUGUUAAUAUACUUAUACACAAUAGCUUUGAAUUUUCAUAAACAAUGUG